AUGAAACUGGAAAAAAUUCGCUUCGAUCCGAAGUACUGCCAUCCAAAAGUACUUCUCGACUUCGUUCCUAUACUGAAAUGGUUGCCACAGUACAAUGUCAAAAAUAAUCUUGUCAGAGAUAUCAUCGGUGGACUUACUGUCGGCAUUAUGCAUGUUCCACAAGGAAUGGCAUAUGCCUCGUUGGCCGGAGUCCGACCUGUCAACGGCCUUUAUACCUCUCUAUUUCCGGCAUUUUUCUAUAUGCUUUUCGGUACAUCAAGGCAUGUUUCAUUAGGUGUUUUCGCUGUAGUCAGUUUGAUGACUGGUAGUUGUAACCAACGAGUAUCGGGUAUCCUUGAACAAAAGGCUAUUAACAAUAAUGGAAGCCUUCUCGAGGGUUUGAGUGAAGAGGCGAAAAUGCAAACAUCCGUCGCUAUCGUCACUUCCCUGGCAAUGUGUGUUGGCUUUAUACAGGUAGCUAUGGCAAUUCUGCGAUUGGAUUUUCUCACAGCAUUUCUUUCCGAUCAAAUUAUAGGUGGGUUCACCACGGGAGCAGCUGUGCAUGUAUUUACGGCUCAACUCAAUAAAAUUCUUGGAGUACCACUUCCUCAACGUUCUGGGCCAGGAAAAUUGUUUUUUAUAUAUAAGGAUUUAAUUAGCAGUAUAAUUGAUGGUUAUGCGAACUGGAUCACAUUCGCAAUAUCUGUGAGCACAAUCGUGUUACUGUUUUUGGUCAAAACCUAUAUCGAUCCAUUGAUCAGGAGAAAAUGUAAUAUUCCAGUACCGUAUGACUUGUUCGUGAUGAUCAUUGGCACAAUCGUUUCGUAUCUGAUCAGUUUACAUGACCGAUUCGGAGUCAAAGUCAUAGGAGUGAUACCUACUGGAUUACCAGCACCGUCACUCCCGGACGUGUCGUUGUUUCGUUACUUCCUCGGCGAUGCACUGGCCAUUAGUGUUGUAGUUUUAGUGGUAACUGUUUCUAUGGGGAAAUUAUUUGCCAAGAAACACAAGUACACAAUAGAUGUUAGACAGGUAUGA